AUGAACUCCUUGGGAAGAGGUUUCACGGAAGAGCAAGAAGCUCUGGUGGUGAAAUCAUGGAGCGUAAUGAAGAAGAAUUCUGGAGAGUUGGGUCUCAAGUUUUUCUUGAAAAUAUUUGAGAUUGCUCCCUCAGCUCAGAAAUUGUUCUCAUUCUUGAGAGAUUCCACCGUUCCUUUGGACCAAAACCCCAAGCUCAAGCCCCAUGCCAUGUCUGUCUUUGUAAUGACCUGUGAUUCAGCAGUUCAACUGCGGAAGGCUGGUAAAGUCACUGUCAGAGAAUCAAACUUGAAAAAACUAGGUGCUACCCAUUUUAGAACUGGUGUUGCAAACGAGCAUUUUGAGGUGACAAAGUUUGCACUUUUGGAGACCAUAAAAGAAGCUGUACCUGAAAUGUGGUCUCCAGAGAUGAAGAAUGCAUGGGGAGAAGCUUAUGAUCAGCUCGUGGAUGCCAUUAAAUCUGAAAUGAAACCACCCUCCUCUUAG